GGGGGAGGGCCGGAAAUGUCGGAGCAGGGGCCCAGGCCACCCGAGGGGGACUUCCGCUUCCUCGUUGUCCUCUUUUCCUCGCCUGCUCUGCCUCUGAGGACUCUGCUCUUCCCCAAGAGGGAAGCAUUCAGGAGAGAAUGUUCCCUGUGAUCCCAACAGCCAGGUGCCAGAAUUCCUUAGUCAGGAGACCAGCUGUGAAAUAAUGGAGUCAACUCCAAAGCAGGGCAUUUCUCUGGACAAAUCAUCCAAGGAAAGAGCUGAGACAGAUGAUCCUUGGGAUUACAAUUUGGGAGACGCUUGGGAAUAUGAUGUCAGAGUAGAGCAAAAGAAGUACAACCAGGAAAGACGACCCAGGCAAGAGACAGUCAUGGACAGGAAAACUUCUACUAAAUUUAGUGCCCAUGAAUAUAAUAUAUUUGGAAGAAGUUUCAGUUUGAGGUCAAUCCUUUUUCUGCAACAGGGUGUUCACAUGGGGAAAAUCUACAGCAAUGUGGUACAUAUGAAAAGAACUUUAAGCAGUCUUUAGAAACAUGAUAGAUAUUUUUUUUCUCAGGAGGAAGAUUUGUAAAUGUAAUAUAAUCAGGAAGUCAGUUUACUCUUCAGAGGACCUUAUUCAGUUUCAGAGAAUGAACACUAAGGAAAACAUAUGACUGUAAUAAAUGUGGCAAACUCUUCAGAGAUAGAAAAGCCCAUAAAAAUCAUCAUAGAAUCCAUACUGAAGAGAAAUCUCUUGAUAGGCAUCAAUCUGGAAAGUGUGUUAGCAGGAGGAAAUCCCUUACUCAAUAUAAAAUAAUAGAUAAACAAGAGAAAAACGCUUUGAAAAUAAUGAAGGUGGCAAAGUCUUCAGUCAAAAGUUUUAAUCUUACUGUACAUCAGAGAAUACAUAGAGGAGAAAAACUCUUUGAAUGUAGUGAAUGGGGGAAAGCCUUCAGACAAAGUUCUUACCAUAUUAUACAUCAGAAAAUUCAUACUGCAGAGAAAUCCUUUAAAUGUAAUGAAUGUGGGAAAACCUUCAGGCAAAAUACUUACGUUACUGCACGUCAGAGAAUUCAUACCGGAGAGAAACCCUUUGAAUAUAAUCGAUGUGGAAAUCUUUCAUCCAGAAGGGAGACCUUACUCAACAUAAGAAUUCAUACUGCAUAGAAAUUCUUUUAGUUUAAUGAAUUUGGGAACUCAUUUACUCAUCAGGUAAACAUUAUUGAACAUAAGAGAGUUCAUACGGGAACAAAGAAAUCCUUUGUAAGUAAUUGGUGUGGGAAAACUUUUAGUGAAAGUUUGUACCUUACUGUACAUCAGAGAAUUAAUAUAGAAGAUAAACCCUUUGAAUGUAAUCACUGUGGGAAAUCAUUCACCCAAAAAAGGAAACCUUACUGAACAUAAGAGAAUUCAUACAGGAGACAAAUCUUAUGCAUGUAAGGAAUGUGAAAAAUCUUUUAGCUGGAGCAGCUUAUUUAUUGUAUGUACUGGAGAGAGAGCCUUUGACUGUAAUGAAUGUAGCGAAUCCUUUACCUGGCAUACACAGCUUACUGAACAUAAGCGAAUUCAUACUGGAGCAAAGAAACUCUCUGAAUGUAAUGAAUGGGAGAAUUCCUUUGGCUAGAGAAGUGCCUUUACUGUGCAUCAGAGAAUUCAUACUGGAAUGAAACCACUUGUGUGUAAUGAAUGUGGGGAAUUCUUUACCUGGUAUACAUAGCUUACUGAGCAUAAGAGAAUGCAUAGCGGAGAGAAUUCACUCUGGAAAGAAACCUUUGGAAUGAAUGAAUGUGGGAAGUACUUUCACAGGGACAAAUGUCUUACUAAACAUAAGAGGGGUCAUCCUGGAGAGAAACCCUUUGAAUGUAAUCAGUGUGGGAAAUCCUUCACCCAAAGAUCUAACCUUAUUCAGCUGAGUAUACAUCUUUCUGAGCACAAGAGUAAACAGGCCAAGAAAGACUUCCCACUCACGUAGCCGACCAGCUACCAUGAAGCCCUCCAAGCUUGAACCUGCCUUGACCUCUGACUCCUCGACAAGCAGUAAAAAAGGGGCAAAGAGGGAGCGAACCAUGUUCAAUGAAGUUCAGCUGGAUGUUCUCCUGGGGGAAUUUCAUAAGAACCCGUACCCUAAUUACUCCGUCAGAAGCGAGCUUGCUAACCGCCUGGAUGUUCCCGAGUCUAGAAUACAGAAUUGGUUUCAGAACCGAAGAGCCAAACAAUCGAGACAACUGAAAGAAAAGGAAGGUUUGAAUUUAUCCGGACAGUCCCAGGGCCAGGGAGAGCAGAGCUCCUUGGUUCAUGGUUUGAAAAGUCCUCAGACCUCAGCUCCCAGCCAAGUCCCACAGGAAAGCCUCCCAGAGACCACGUUAGCUUGGCCAAAUAGAUCCCGGUUCCCCUCGUCUAAGGUGACAAAGGCGACCCUUGGGGACGGACCUGGCUUCCCAGAGACAGUGGCGACAGCCUCGGGACUGACCAAGGAGGCUUCCGAGAGCCCAGAAGCCUGGCUUCAGCCUCCUGGCCUGACUGUGGAGUCUCAUCCCUGUUUAAAGUCCCAGUCCUGGGGAAGCUCCCCCCAGAGCACGCCCUCCCGGCUCCAGACCCUGAAGAGAGGACAGCAGCCGGAGAGGCAGCUUUGGCUCGAGUACCUCCGCCAGCUGCACAAGCAGUCACAGCAGUAUCCCUGGAUGCAGGAGUAUCUGGAGUACCUGCAGCAGCACCCGGUUCCAGUAGCACCUGCCCUAGCCCCCAGCCCACCAGAAUCUCCCCUUGCAGAGACUGUUCCCACUGCCUCAGCAUCCCUGGCCACAGAAGCAGCCGGGCCAGAGACCACUCCUGCCAAAUGAGUCCUCCCCAAGCCCGGCGUUGCAGGAGCAUCUGUAGUCACUUAGUAUCUCAACCGUUAGGGAACUCUUUCUUGUCCCCCCCCCCCCCAGCCUCUGCUCCGUAAUCCAUGAUCUGGUUGGCUUCCUGGGACCAGGCAGCUGUUCUUCUAAAUUGUCUUUUUGAUGUACUUUGAGUUAAACAAUGGAUUCCCCUUUUCUUGUAGAAGAACAGAUCUUUGCUCUGAGGUUGGUGAUGGAACUUGGGAGUGUCUUAAUCUGAGCCGAGUGGGUGGGUAGCCAGGGUUUUUCCCUAGUUCUGCUGAAUCAGUAGUCAGUGAUUCAGAAUUGUGCCACUGUUUAGAGCAGCAGCGAUAAGCUCAAAGAGUGAUGCUCGUCUCUUAAUUAACAGGAUUAGUGGUGGACCCAGGAAGAAGGGUACAAGAGACCUGGGGGGUCUGCACUGACCUUUUCCAGAUGAAGGAAGAGCUUCCCCGCGCCAUACCUGCCUUUCCAGACAGUUCAUGGGCCAUCAGUGCUCUUUCAGGCCACUCAUUUGGACGGCACUCUGACUGAGCAUCUCAGAAAUGGAAACCCUCAUAUUUCUCUUACAUUAAUCCUACAAAUAUCCACCCUACAACAAGAUUUUUUUCUUACCUGACAUUAAAAAAACCUCGGUUAAUUGGAUGCCAAUAUUUGUUACCUAGAUAUUACUCAAAGACCAUCUCGGAAGGGCAUGGUUUUGAAUCAAUGUGUAUUAAGUGGGCAGAAGUAGACCGUUGUUUCCUCUCUCCCAGUGGGGGAGAACAUGGUGGGAAGAGGCCCCCUCGAUGACAGCAGUUAUGCCUUAAGCCAGUCAAAAGGAACAGAAGAUGGCAAUAAUAACAAUAGUAUUUUUACAGUUAACAAUACACUUAUCCCAACCCUGAAGGCAGAUACUUCUGCAAGUCUCAUUAAUCAGAGGUAAACCCUCCUGGUAACAGGCCCAGCGAUCGGCUCUGCCAGGACCAGAUCCACAUUCUCUCACUCUAAGCCCCAUUGUCUUCCUCCUAGGCACGCUGCUGUCUCUGUGCAGGACUUUGGAGUCCCCCUUACUCAGCCCCUCUACCUUCUCCAGGGUCCACUUGUGUUCUUGGCUUCCCUUUCAAGUAUUAGCUGCUCCUAGUGGAAAGAGACCAGGUGUUGAACCCUUGGGCCAGACUGGCAGCUCUGAUGGACUUUGCCACAAUGAUGAUGAUUUAUUUGCCUUUGUUGUCCUUGACCCUUCCCUGCCCCCGCCCUUGUUCUUUCAGGGAAGCAGCAUGGCCUGGCCCAGUGAAAGCCCAGCUUUAGGACUCACAGUGACCUGUGCGACCCCCGAGCAAAUCAUUUCACUCCCUGGGACCUCAGUUUGCUUGGACUAACUUAGCAUCCUCUGAGGCCCCCUCCUGAUCACAUGAUCAUCUUUUUCUCUCCUUUGAGCAUUUCUUUAUUUUCUGUCACUUCAAGGCUCAUCUCAGGGGAUACUUUGUAUGGGAAGCCUUCGCUCAUCCCACUCUCCCCUUAGUUACUUACCUAGAUAAAGAUUGAAUUCCCAAUAGAAUGGGCAUUUUGGGGUGGGGUGGGGGGAAGGGAGUUUUUUUUUCCUCCUAUUUUUGUAUCCUUACCAUAGUGCCACACACAUAGUGGGCACUUAUACUUAGAGAAUUGGAUACUCAAGUGAGGAUUUAUUUGAGUCAGUACCCUGCAGCAGUACUUGCUUCAUAAUUGUUUGUGGAUUAAAUGUUGCAUCUGAAGAGAGGACCUUAAAAAGGGCAAUGUUGAAGCCAAAGAAAUGACCCUCCGGUGGUGGGCUGGUAGGCACUCUGGCAGUCCGGUGGGCAGGCUAGUUAGCGAGGAGGAAGAGGAAGAGCGGCUUCAGGUGAGCAACCUUCGGGAGAGACAGACCCAGUUCAGGGCAGUUGUAGAAGCGGGGAAAGGAGCAAAACAUCUUCAGGAUUCUGAUGACUCAACACUAAAUGCUAAUUUAGGCUUGAGGAGCAGGGUAGGUCUUUCAAGUGCUGAAGACCCUCCAAGCAGAGAGGACAGGGUUGCGGUGGUCCCUUUCCUUCCCAGAGCCAGCUGUGCUUCCUGGCUGUUUCCAAUGAUAGAGAAUGCCAUUAAGUCUGUGCUGAUGAUAGAUGUUCACUUGACUUCUUAUUUUUUAAAGCUUGCCAUUCUGUGACUGUCUGCCUCUGGCUGCUUGUAAUGAAUUAAUAACCUCAUUCUGUGGAGUGGGUCCCUGGGCAGUGGGGGAAGGUUACUGCUACUCCUGGAUCUGAACCAGAAGCAGCUGUCUUGCUAUCUUUGGAAAUACUCUUCUUGUCUCCCCUUCCCAAUGAUUUCCAUUGUGUGAUAUGUCAACCCUGUUGGCAGGGACUAAGCUGUAUUUUUAUCACCCUAUUUAUGUCAAUAAACUUGAAUGAC